AUGCUUAGCGCUGUCCAACCAAAAGAACCUGCUAUUCAAGUUGAAGUCACAUCACCUGAAGUUCGUGGCAUAGGUUCAAAACGAUAUGUUGAUUAUACUAUUAAAGUAAAAACAACAUUACCAAUAUUUAGUCAAAAUGAAUCUGCUGUUCAUCGACGUUAUUCAGAUUUUGAAUGGUUACAUAAAGAAUUAGAAUGUGCAGACACAAAAAUAGCUGUGCCACAAUUACCUGAUAAAGCUUGGCAAAGACAAUUACCAUUUCGUAAAGACAAUGGACUUUUUCAAGAGGAAUUUAUUGAAGAAAGACGACACGGUUUGGAAACAUUUAUUAAUAAAAUAGCUGUUCAUCCAUUAGCUCAAAAUGAACGUGCUUUGCAUGUAUUUUUAUUUGAACCGGAAAUUGAUUUAACGAAUUAUGUACGAGGCAAAAUAAAAAAGUAA